AUAUUAAUUGCUCAGCCGGAGCAGGCAGAUAGCUGCAAUUGCAAUGCCAAUGGCGGAGACGCCAGUCUCUGCUCUAGCUUGAAAUUGGAUAUUUCGCCUCAGCCUCAGGAGAAUGUGAGGUUCUGACUGAUCGCAGAGCUGUCCGACUAAGUCUACAGGUCUUCGAGCAGAGAGCCUGAGCAGUCAGGAGAGCAUUCUUCUUGCGGGGGCCCUUUUGUGCGAUCACAAAUGGUCGUUACGAAGGUCACCAAAAUCUGCUGACGGUGGAGUUUUUCUCUGACAGGAUAAUCCUUCCAGCCUUGAAUCAACGAAACAUCUUUGGCUUGAGUUCUGGUUCUCACAUUCUCCGACCGUAAAAGCUUGGGGCCGUAGCCUCUUCAAACCAGGUCACGAGUCCCGCACAUUAGAAUGGAUCAGAGGAUGGGCUAUGGCGCGGGCCAGGGCGGCCCCGACAGAGGUGACGCAUUCCGGCGGCCGGAUCUGCAACAAACCCCACACACUAUGCACUCGUCCGCCUUAGGAGCCUACGGUCUUCCUGCAAGCCCCUACGCACAGCACCUGCAGGCCUUUAACCCAGGGUUUGGCCUCUCCCCCGAGGGCUUAACCCAGGCCUUCCGCGGGCAGCUCAGCCCGAGCUCUCUACCCCACACUCCUGGCUUCGCCACACCCGACGCAUAUUUCCGUGAUAGGGAGCAACUAGCGCAUCUGCAGGCAUUCGGCCAUCUGAGCGGCGGGAAUGCGGCUCAGCAAUUUACGCCUGCGCGGGAGGGGUUGUUUGCAAACCCUGGGCAAACCCAGCCGCCCCCCCGGCAAGGGGACUCUGGAUACGGCCCCCCAAACUCUUCAAUGGAAGCUGAGAUGUUGCGCCAGUUGCAGCAGGGCCUUUCAAAUGCAGAGGGCAUGUCGACACACGCGCCCGUGCCGGCCUCUCAAAACCAAGGCGGAGCUCGACCCCCACGAGAGCCAACGCCGCACCGAGAACAGGCGUUAAACAACACGCCGCAGACGGACCAGAAUCGAGAUCAUGCACCGGCGGGGGAGGAGAACGGGGACGAGGGAGAUGGCGAGGGGUCCGAUGGGACGGAGGACGACUUUUACUACAAGAAAGAGAACGGGGGGGUGACGGAGCUGGCGCAGGUGGGGGAGGACCAGGUGGAGCUGCCGAUCGAGCUGUUUGACCUGCCGUCGCUGAACCGGAUACUGAGCAUCCAGACGUGGAACCAGCACCUGAACGACGAGGAGCGGCUGCACCUGCUCAAGUUCUUGCCGCAGCUGCCGGACGUACACCUGCAGGAUACCCUGGACAAGCUGCUGAAGGGCGCCAACUUCAACUUCGACAGCCCGAUGCAAGAGCUUUGGGAGCGAUUACAAGGAGGCGAGUGCAGCCCGCGCGUGGCGCGCUACGCGGAGGGGUUGCUGUAUCUGCAGAAAAAGGAGCACACCCACAGGCUGCGAGAGUACCACAACAGCAUGGUCAAUAACCUGGUGCAAAUGCGCUCCCUCUGGCAGCAGUUUCCCACUGCAGAGCUCCCCGAACGACUCGCAAUGUGGGAGCGCUUCUCUCGCAACGAACCGUUGAACAAAACGGCGCCCCUGAAACCGCUUCCGCCUUCGUUAGAGCCUUCCACGGCUCAGGUUGAUGGGGUCAUUAAAAAUGAAAGCGAGAGCGCAGAACCGGGAGAGAAUGGUCUGGAGCAGGAACGACCAAAGAAGAAAGCUGCGAAGAAGAGCGUCGAGGGCGGCAAGAAAAGCGAGGAGGCGGGGGCGAAAACGAGUGCUGAAAAGAAGGGGGUAAAGGCGGAGUCCGAAAAGAAGGGGGACAAAGCAAGCCCGGAAAAGAAGGGGGGAAAGAGUAAGAAAGCGGUCGAGGAUGCGCCAGCGGGAGGGGAUGCGGAAAUGGGUCACCAGGAAAAGGCGGUUAAGAAGGUUAAGCGGAAACAGCCGCCUAAAGAAGAGCCCGCCCCCGCCCCUAAAAAGGCGAAGCUCGAUCUGGAAAAGGACCCCGAAGCAGAACCCUCGUCUCAAACCGAACCCCCGACUCAAAUUGACGGCGAGUCUCAGUCAUUCGAGCCUCUUCGCAUUUUGGCCGCUGUUCGGGGGGCUCUUCUAGACAGUUCUUCGCCCGCUCUUUCGACGUCCGAAGUCGAGGCAGCUGUGCGGGAAACCCCGGGGGAUCCCUCCGUGCUGUCCGCCCCGGGGUUUACGGAAAUCGUACGGGCGGCGCUGCGGGCCCUGUCAACGAAGCCGGUCGAUUUGAGGACGAAGAAAGCGCUGGCGAAGUUCGACAGGGAAACGAAAACAUGGGCCUGGACAGGGCCCCGGCCGCUGGCGGACGAAGAUCUAGGCGCGGCGGAAACGGGCGCAGGGGCGUGGCGCAUCGAGCCCGAGUUUCAGAAACAGGUCGCGGACAACUUUGUGGCGCGGCUGAAGCAGCCGAAGAAAGAGCCCGUUUCUGAAGUGGCCGGAAACGCCGAAGCGGAAGAAGCACCGGCGCCGAGCGAAAGCGAGAAAGCGGAGCCGGCGGGGGGGUCCGGAAGAGGGGAGGAAGAGGAGGGGGGAAAGAAGCAGGUUAAGCGGCGGGUUAAGAAGGAAGAAGGGCAGGAGAAGGAAAAGGGGGGAGCAGGGAAGGGAGCGGUCGUGGCCCCUCCUCUGAAGUCGACGGCAGAGCAACUAGAAAGGUUCCAGAAGGAGGAGUGGAUGCGAUACAUGGCGCCGGAAAAAGCGUUUAGGUACACAGCCGCCGACGGCGGCCUGUCAAUGGUCGCCGGAAUCCGCGGCGCCGGAAAAGGAAAGUCCAAAGGCAAAGCCCGCGAGCACUUUAUGCUCAAAAGCGACCGGCCUCCGGAGGUCACGAUCCUGUGCCUCGUGCGCGACGCGGCCGCGCGCUUUCAUGACGGCGUGGGCACGCGUGCUGACGUGUGCAGCCUCAUCCGAGAGAGCCGGUACAUCAACGAUGACGUACCGGAGAACCAGCUGAACAACAUCGUGAGCGGCGCGAUGGACCGGCUGCACUACGAGGCGGACCCGUGCAUCCGGUUCGACUCGGAGCGCAAGGUGUGGAUCUACCUGCACCGCGACCGCGCCGAGGCGGACUUCCAGCAGGACGGCACCAAGAACACGCGCAAGUGGGCCGCCAAGCGCAAGAAGCCGGGCGACGACCAGGAGGGGGACGAGGACGAGGGGGAUCCCCCGGAGGAGGCGGAAGAGAAGCCCAAGCCGAAGAAGCGGGCCAAGAAGGAGCCGACCCCGGGGGACGGCCCCGACCCGCCGAAAGAAAAGAAGAAGCGCAAAUCCAAGGCGCAGCAAAAGGCGGAGGAGGCGGCGGCGGCGGAGCCUGCUGAGGAAAGGAUGACGUCAGCAAAGGCGGAGGAGAGCGACUCGGAGGACCAGGUGCUGGCGGCGGGGUUGGGGCAGCGGGCGCGGUCGGUCUCGGAGAAACCGGCGGGGCGCGGCGAGAGCGAGGUGGACGGGCCGCCGAUUGUGUACACCGGGGGGGUGAACGGGGGGGCGGAGUAUGGGGGGGCGGUGGUUAUGCAGCCGGUCGGGUAUGUGAACGAUAACGCGCCGUUGGAGUAUCCGGGGAGUCAGCCGCGAAGGCUGAUUGAUUUGCAGGAGGUCGCGAUGGAUGAGGAUGAGAACGAGGAUGAGGAGGAUGAGGAGGAGACGGAUGAUGAAGGGACGCCGUAACCGGAGAGAUGGUGCGCUUUUGGAGAGGCUGACGGAGUUGUUCUCGCGAGAGAGAUAUCAGUGAACGAAGAUGCAUGCGACUGACAACAUAUGGUGAUGCGCACGUAUGCGCAAAGAGGGGUCAGCAAAAUCUGCGGCACUGAUACGUAUUCAUCCUACAAAGAUUGUCACUGAAUUGGGUCCAUUAAUGAUCCCACAUCUAUUUUGAGACACAGGCAGCUUUGGCAAGAUGCUGCGCACCUGGUUCUCAGCCUACUGACUAGUCAAAGAACGCAAGCCAGCUAGCUGCGACAUGGCAUGACAUCCGUGGCCCCACUCGAUAGACAACAUAUGGUGCUAAUCUCAC